CCGCCUGUCUCCCCGACGGAGAGCUCUGAGCCAGAGGGGAGAAUAGUCCAACUCCUUGUUUCCCUGGGGCUCGGCGGGGGCUCGGGAUCCGGCCCGGAGCCCGCAGCUGGCGGGGCCGCGGGGACCCCGCACUCGGCCAGACGCCCUCCCCUUUCGGUGAGAGAGGAACUGGGGCCGGGGCGGCCCCGGGCCCUGAAGGAUUCCCACACCCUUUGCCCGGGGGCACUUCCCCGCUCUCUGACCGCAGUCUGGGGCCUUUCUGUGAAAAGGGAAGGAAGCGCCCUCGGAGCGUGGCAAGGAAAUUUGGGGGAGGCUCCUGCGGAGGACGGAGGGGGUCCGGCCCGUCCCCGCCAGGGCCCCCGGGAAGCUCCGCCCAGCCUCGGAGCGGGGCCGAGCCUGGAGGAAGGCGCUCAGAGCUCAGAGAUUGAGGAGCGAGGCUGGAGUCAAGCUCGGCUGCGCCAGGAGAGGAACAGAGACGGGAGCGGCUUCCUCGGGAACGCGCGGCGCCCGCUCCUGGCGAAACGGUCCAGGAUGAAUGGCACUGAGAAAUGUCCCCAUGACAACAGUACCCAUUUUCAGAAGAUGCAGACUGUAUACAUGAUCAUCUUGCUGAUCCUGGGCAUUAUGUUCAAUUCCUUGGCCCUGUGGGUGUUCUGCUGCCGCAUGAGAAAAAAAUGGACGGAGACGGUCAUUUACAUGACCAACUUGGCCGUGGCGGAUCUCUGCCUGCUGUGCGCCCUGCCCAUCAUGCUCUACUCCCAAAAACACAUCAAGGAAAAGGACACCGUCCUGUGCCAGGUGUCCCAGAGCAUCUACCUGAUGAACAGGUACAUGAGCAUCAGCAUCAUCACCAUAAUCGCCGUGGACCGCUAUGUGGCCAUCCGCUUCCCCAUGCAGGCCAAGAGGCUGAGGUCCCCGGGCCGCUCCGUCGGCAUCUGCGCUUUGCUCUGGGUUCUGGUCAUCAUCUUCACGGUCACCAGCGGGGCCAAGGAGAUCCAAGAGGGCAACUUCUGUUUCCACAACGAGAAGCGCAAACCGUCCAACCCAGCCAUAUCCUCCGUGCUCGGCUUCUACAUUCCCAUGAGCAUCCUCGUUUUCUGUUCGAUCCAGGUGAUCGUGAACCUGGUGAGGAAGAAGAAGACGGAUGCCCACGAGAAGAAGGUCAUCCAGAAGGUCAUCUGGAUCAUCACUGCCAACCUGCUGGUCUUCCUGGCCUGCUUCCUGCCCUUGUACGUGACCUUGAGCGUCCGGUACGUGUUGCAGAUGGAGACUUGUUCCAGCAAACGGAUCUGGAGGAACGCCAUCUUUAUAACCUCCCAGUUGGCCAACGCCAACUGCUGCCUGGACGCCAUCUGCUAUUACUUUGUGGCAAAGGAAUUCCAGGAGGCGUCGGUUCAGACUAUCUCCUCUUUAUCUAAAUCCCACAAGCUCCAAGAUUCAGUACAGACAUCCAACGCUUAGCAAGUGUAGACGGCAGAGCGGCUGCAGCCAUCAACCCUGAGGUGGACUGGAGAAGGAGGGGCUUCUGAUCUCAGAGGACCACAUGCUGUGCUGGUGCUUCCAGCUUUACCAUCACCCCCCAAGACCCAGAGUCUAGUCAAUCUAGAUCUCCCCUCUAGCUUGUUGUAUGAUUUGGGGCAAACAAUCUAGCUUCCCUGGGUUUCUAUUUCUUCAUCUGUAAAAUGGGCUGAAGGCCUCCCAGGAUUGUCCCAGGGAUGGAAGAUGAUAGCCAUGGGAAAAUGCUUUGGCAAAGCAGCCUUGUGUGAUGGGGGAAGGUCUGUUUUAGCUUGGAUACAAAUGCAAGCUAGACCAUGACAUUGUUGAAAGUAAAAAGCUUCGCUGGCUCCCUAUCACCUCUUAGAUAAAACCAGCCUUUUGCCUGGGACUUACGUCCUUCCCAAAAUAACCCGGCUCUCUUCCCAGAGGAAUCACACUUUCCUCCCUUUCUUGGACAGUGCAUUGGAGAGAGAUGGCUCUUUUUGCCGGUCCCCAGCCAUCACUCACCUCUGGACUCCGGGCCUUUGCCCAGGCUGUGGCUGCUGUAAUCUCCAGCUCGCCUUUCCCGAUGCCUCCUCGUCAAUGUUUGCAUCCUGCGGUCACUUGGAUGUAUUUGUAUGUUUCACGUGGGCGUAUUUGACCUUGAACACGGUACAAGCUUGGAAUGACCGUGACAACAGUCUGGCUUUAACCCCGAGUCCUCAGGGCCCAGCACCCAGCUGGAUCUUGCUACACGCGCUCCCGCCAUCCCCAUGUAGCCUGUAAACGCCAUUGUGCUGAGAUUCUGCGCCCCUUGGAGCUGCUCCGAGCCCGACAAGUCCUCCAGGGUCUUUGGGCACGUGUUAGUGUCAUUUGUCCCGUAUUCUUGACCUUGACCUCAGGGAGGUGAGCGCCUAGAUUUGUGAGUUGGAGUGAGGGCGGGGCAAAGCCCCAGUCUCACUUUCCCCUCCAGAGUGGAGGUCUCUGGGCCUGGGGCCAGACCAGGCUGUCUGGGUCCUUAAUAAACGCUCUUUGAAUUGAGUUGGAAUCGGAGCAGCCUCAGCCCUUUGGGGUCUUCAAUUCCCUUCUUCCCUACUACAUAAUCUGCACUAUGUAAGGCACGCGCACGCACACGAUCCCGACACACACCAGACACAGACACAAGUUUUCACACGGUCGUGCGUGCUCACAAUAUACAGAAACACUGUGCGCAAACACAACUCGUACAUAUGAACAGCAGUUUGCACACGUGUGUAACACGCAUAUAUAUAUGUACACGUGUGCAUUACACAAGCACCACGUGCAUGGUGGGCGCCCACACGUUCCCCCCUUUCCCGGCACCCCCCACUCCCCUCUGCCUCAGCUGCUGCGCUUGGGGUGGGGCUGCAAGAGGGGAGGUCUGGGCCCGGGGCGUUCCUGAGGGAUGGAGUUGGAGAGAGCCUGGAUUCUGGGACCUGCCCUGGUGCGCCUGGGAAACUCUGCCAGAGGAAGGGGGUAGGGGCUAGAAAGAAGCCUGACAUCUAGAGACGUCCUGUCUAAUCUGACUUCAGGUGAACAAGCCAGCAGCCCCGCGAGAGAAGAGAGGGCUGACCCUGAGCCCGGAAGCUCCGGGUGCGAAUCCUGCCUCAGACAUCACCUGUUCCGGUGACUUUGGACAAGUCACUUUCGGUCUCCGAAGCAGUUUCCUCAUUUUGCAAAUGAGGGAGUUAGAGUCUCAGUUGAUCCAUAAAUAUAUCUGAAUUCUGGAGGACCAGGGGGCUGAGCUGGGCCAGUGGCAGUAACAGCAGCGGCAGAAGCAGCAGUAGUAAUAGUAUAGCAGCAGUAACAGCAGCAGCACUAGCAGUAGUAACAGUAGUAGCAAUAG